AUGCGUGCUGCGUACGGAUCGAGUAAACCGCCAGCUGAGGCCGAUUUCACCGCCACAAUUCCGAAAGCUGGACUGGAGGGAAAUGUGGAGAAAGUCUUCUAUCUCGGACCCUCCAACACACUACGGGUGAUUGACGAAACCGCCAAAGCUGUCUAUGAGCCCGAAAACAACGCCACCCCAGAAGAGGCUUCAUCGGAAAGCUACAGUGUCGCUUAUCGAUAUGAGAAUGGCGCGUGUGACUUCACACAGACAAUUCGAUUCAAGGAUGCAUACCCUGGCUACUCGACAGAAUUGUGGGUUCGCGAGGAGUUUAGUUCGGCGACGAGCGGUGACAGUACUUCUCCGGAAGGACCUGUGAGGUAUACUUUUACAAGUCCCCCUGCAGAGUACUUGCCUGAGCGGUUGAGUUUUUGUGUUCGAUUCAAGGCCGCACGUGCUAGCGGUUCGGAUUCACCAACCAAGACCACGACAACGACUGUCGGAAGCUCCGACCCGCCGCAGCCUCCAGUUGACGACACAGAGGAUACACAGGAUGAGGAUACGCAAAUCCAAGAUCAGCCGUCGGAUGGUGAUUCCGCAGGAGAAGGAACUCAGGGUUCGACAGGAGGAGUGACCCAGCAAGGAUCUGACGCUGAGGGGGGAACGCCUCAACCUGGUGGAGAAGCCGCAGGCGUCGGCAAGCAAGAGCCUCCUGCUGAAGACAAGAACAAGCGAGAACAAGAAGAAACAGGCACGACUGCACCUCACUCAUCGCCUGACAGCCCCAAUGGCCCAGGUCAUUCCGAAGCACACCCGGUGGCACCUCUUGAUCCAUCCCAGGACCAGUCAGAUUCUUCCCCUACCGCUCCUGCAGAACCGCUGCCGGAAGCAACGCUGCCUGAAAAUGAAGGAGACCCCGACGUGAAUAGUGACACGGAAGAAGUGCGUGGCGCUGCUGCGUUGAGGCGGUUGGAUGGAACAUCCGCAGUGAAAGAGGCUUACUUGACUAUUGUGGUGCACUCCUCAGGCUGGAGCUCUGCAGGUGGAGUGGGUGGAGUUUCAGGCCUCCUUCUUACUAUGGUAGCCGCAUUGUUUCAGGUGUAUCAACUGUACUGAGACAUCAACACCUGCAGUCUGGAGUUAUCUUUUAUUAGCGCGAAAGGGUUGGUGCUGUGACUGCAACUCAUGGUUGCUGGAAGCACCAGUAGAAAUGCAGGGAUAUUGCAAGGUAUGAUGUGGUCCUGCACGUAAGGGUAACUUCAGCACAAUCACGUUUUGGCUGUUUUACUAUAUUGGCCUCGUCUGCUUGUUCUUUUCUGGAGUCAUUCGAACCCGAACCCCCUCCAGGUAACUUGAUUUCGGCGUAAAACGGUACUUGUAGCUCAGAACCCGAACACACUGUGUAUCCGACGAAAUAACGUCGGGUGGUGAUACGAUGGCACCAAUCAAGAAUUCGUAGUGUCGUUUAACUGAGUGGCCAAGCACCACAAUAUGUGGGUAACUCUGCAGAUGCACUACCUGUUCAUGUCCCCGUAUUUCGCCACGAUAGUCACCAUGCACGACGCCGGUUCCAUGUCAGUGUGCGUUCUCAUUCCUACAUACCCCAUCGACAAAUUUGUUUUUUCCGGAACAGUGCUUGCCCACCUUUUUGAAUGGCUCUGCUGUUGAUUUACCUCCGCAAUUUCUAUCGCUUUCCUGUCUAACUCGAUCUAUAUGUGGAAAUCUAGUGAGAAAUGGACUGCUCUAGGCGUGGCGGGUGUCGGAUUGAGCACAAGGUAGCAUAGUGAAGGUCCGAUGACCGGCGACAGUUCGAAGAGCCAUCUUUUUGGAAGCGAGAAAAGGUACAGAAGAACCCUGAAGUGAAGCAACCCCCUAUCGUUCCAUUGCAAAGGCAUCUCUCUGCACAGUGAACGCAAGCCACAUAAAAAGCAUACGGUGUGCAUAAUGUGUACCAUCCAGUUGUCACUCUUCGUUCUGGACACGCAACAGCAGCAGUACGAUUGAGACAUAUAAUACAGAGGAAGAGUUGAGGCAACGGC